CCCAUUGGCGGCUGCCGCGGGCGCGUCACUUCCGUCCCGCGGCGGGGCGAGGGGCGCCAUGCUGCCGGCGCUGCGGCGGUGCCGCCCGCGGGCCGCCCUGGGGGUCGGGGCGGGGCCCGGGGCCGGUCUGGGGCCGGGGAUCGGCUUCGGUCCCGGUCCCGGGGCCGCCGCCUGGCUCGUCCCGGCGCGGGGCCGCAAGAGCCGCCAGGACCCGCCCGCCAAGUCCAAGGCGUCGCGCCUCAAGGUGCCGCCGCCCGUCGACCCGGCCGAGCUGCUGGUGGUCACCGAGCGCUACCGGCAGCACCGGCUGGUGCUCAGCGCCCUCCGGUGCGAGUUCCGGGCGGAGGUGGCGCAGAAGAAGCGCCAGGCGCUGCAGGGCGGGGAGGACGCGGAGCAGCGCGCGGAGGAGCACCGGCUCCUCAUGGCCUGGAACGACGCCGAGAACGCGCGGCAGCGGGCCCGCAGGGAGGAAAGAAUUAGGAAAGAAGAGGAAGAACGGAAGAGGCAGAAGUUGCAGGCUGCAGAGAACAAGGCCAAGCUAAUGGAGGCUUUCCUGAAGGAGAAGGAGAAAGAGGUUCUCCAGCUGCAGGAGGAAGCCAAAAGUUUUAUCACCCCCGAAAACUUGGACGCACGGAUUGAAGAGUGCCUGGACAAUCCUCGCAACUACAACUUCGCUAUCGACAAAGAAGGAAGAAUAGUCAAACGGACUGUCCUGUCCUAGCGACUCCGCUGGCAGAUGUGGCUCAGCCCAGUCGUGGUUGGGAGGGGAGGUUUUGACAUGUUUGCUCUCCAGAUGCCGAAUUUAUGGCAGGGGGUUGGCAGAAGGAAAUUUCCUCCUUCGAAUGCACAAAUCAACCACAGAAUUAUUGGACAAAGAGCCUGUGGGUCUAGCUGUGGUUCCUGUGCUGAAAGGAUAACGCCUGCAAUUACAAAGGUAGGGGGAGAGGGAGAAAGCUGGUCUUUAAGUAAAAUCCGGCUGUGUUGAA